UGGUGGAUUAGCAAGAGCUUUGCGCAAGAGCAUCUGUAAGGUGUUCUUCCGUACUAUAAUAACGCUGCUCUAGCUCCAUCAUUAGCGGCUGGGGCAGUAAAAUAGUAAAGAAUGGCUAGCAACGCUUUGAAAAAACCGAUUUUACGAGUAGCUUCAGUUCGAACUUUCGCUGCACAAGCCGCAACCCACCCUAGCCCAGGAUCACCAAAGGAAGGUGUGAAGACAACAGUUUUGCCGAAUAAACUGGUUGUGGCAUCAUUGGAGAACUAUUCUCCAAUUUCCAGAGUUUCUGUUCUAUUUCGGGCUGGCUCCCGGAAUGAGACGUGGGAUAAUUAUGGCAGCACCCAUGUUCUGCGGAUAGCAACAGGUCUGUCAACAAAGAACUCCACCCACUUUGGAAUUGUACGUAAUAUUCAACAAGUUGGGGGUAGCCUGAGUGUCCAGGCUGACAGAGAAGUUGUGAUGUACACUCUUGAAGCAAACAGAGAUGCACUGGAAGACACUUUAAAAUACUUGGAAGAUGUCGCUUCCAAACAAGCAUUCAAACCUUGGGAACUGUCAGACAAUUUACCUCGCCUGAAAUAUGAGCUGGCCAGUAUUCCAGAUCCUGUCCGAGCACUUGACCUUCUGCAUACAGCUGCCUACAGAACGGGUCUUGGAAAUUCCAUAUUCUGUCCACCGCAUUUGGUGGGAAAACUUAGCUCUGAGACAUUGCAGCACUAUGUAAAGUGUUACUUUACUACAAAUCGAACUGCUGUGGUUGGAGUUGGAGUUAGCCAUGACACAGUCCUCCCAUUUGCCCAGUCGCUUGGUUUGGAAAGUGGCGAAGGUCCCCAAUCAUCAGGGACUUACCAUGGUGGAGAACUUAGACAUAACAACACAUCUGGUUUGGCGCAUGUUGCUGUUGCAGCGGAAGGAGUUAGUUUAAAAGACUCAAAGCAGGUGCUGGCAGCUUCUGUGCUACAGUAUGCAUUAGGAGUGGGCCCCUCUGUAAAGUGGGGAAAUCCUGCAGGAUCUCUACUGCAGAAAGCUGCUGCCUCUGCAGCAGGGAGUGAUCCAUUUGCUGUCAACGCACUGAAUGUUUCAUUCACUGAUUCUGGACUCUUUGGAUUCAUAGCAUCUGCUCCAGCAAAUGUCAUUGGUGUGGUUGUAAAAGCAGCUGUGCAGACACUCCGAGGAGGAAACGUUUCUGCAGAUGACGUGAACCGUGCGAAGAAGCAGUUGAAAGCUGCCGUCCUGAUGAGUGAGGAGAGCGGAGAUAACUUGCUGGAGAGCAUUGGCUAUCAGGCUCUACUCAGGGGGGAUGUGCACACUGGCCAGCAGCUGGCUGCCACCAUAGACAGCAUCUCGCCUGCCGAUGUUACAGCUGUUGCGAAGAAAAUUGCAAAUGGCAAGUUGUCAAUGGGUGCUGUUGGUCAGCUGCAUUGUGUUCCAUAUGUUGAUGAGCUGAAGUAAAAUAUUGUGUAAUUUAUAUCUCUGUGUAAUUCUAUGUACAGAAAAUGUAGAUACGAUAAAUGUGUACACCCAUCCAGUUCCACCAUGUAAGUAAAUUAUUCACUGAAAAA